AUGGAAAAUAGCCAAGACGGAUUUAAAAGUGAAAAUAAACCUAUCGGUAGUUGGCUUCUAUGUGGCCCUAGUGGGACUGGCAAAACAGAAUUAGCCAAAGGUAUUACUGAAGUUUUAUUUGGAAAUGAAAAUAAAAUGAUACGUUUUGACAUGAGCGAAUUUGUAGAAAAACAUUCUAUAUCUAAAUUAAUUGGAUCACCUCCAGGAUAUGUAGGAUAUGGAGAUAAAGGAUUGUUGACAGAAUCUGUUUAUAAACAGCCUACCUGCUUAUUAUUAUUUGAUGAAAUAGAAAAAGCCCAUCCUGAUAUAUUAAAUAUUAUGUUACAAAUAUUAGAUGAUGGACGAUUAACAGAUUCUACUGGAAAAGUAAUAAAUUUUUCUAAUACAUUGAUUGUUUUUACUAGUAAUCUUGGAUGUCCAAAAAAUAUAUCUGACUUUAAAAAAGAAGUUACUUUUAAUUUUAUUAAUUAUAAAAUUAAUGAACAAAAUAUUAUGAAAAGUAUUAAGCAAUACUUUAGGCCAGAACUUAUAAAUAGAAUUCAAGAUAUUUUAAUUUUUCAACCAUUAGAAUUUAAAGUAUUAUUAUUAAUUUUAAAUAAAUUUAUAAAACAAUUUAUAGAACAAUUAAAAUUACAGAAGUUUCCAAUUAAAUUAAUAAUUCAAGAAAAUUUAAAAAAAUAUAUAGUUAAAUUAAGUAUAUCUCCUUUAUAUGGGGCAAGACCUUUAAAACGAAUAUUUGAUGAAUUAAUUGUAGAACCUACAAUACAGACUUUAAAAAUAAAAGCAUCGGCAAAUUUCGUGCCAGCAGCCGCGGUAAUACGAGAGAUGCAAGCGUUAUUCGGAAUUAUUGGGCGUAAAGG